UAUCAAAAAUAUUGAAUUGCGUAAAUUAUUUUAAUACUUUUAGGUGAUUGAACAUGUUCCUAAUUAUUAUUAGUUCUAAAGGUUAACUGUGUUUUCUUCCAACAAGUACCAUAAUUUUCAAGCUGGAAUGGAGCAUGCAGUCAUCAGGUAGAUGCCAUAUAUUUCUUACCGGAUUACCUGGAGUGGGGAAGACAACAUUAAUAGAGAAAGCAAUUGCCAAUAUAAAGGAAAGCGGGAUUUCAAUUUCUGGUUUCUAUACGAAAGAGAGGAGAAAUGGAAAUGAAAGAAUUGGAUUUGACAUUGUGACUUUAUGUGGAAAGCAAGCUCCUCUUGCAAGAUGUUCAGUUUCAAGAAAAGGACCGAUGGUUGGGAAGUAUACAGUUGAUGUUGCUUCUUUUGAGGAUUGUGUUUUACCAUUGUUGGAAGAGACUAGUGAUUCAAAACAUCUAUAUAUCAUUGAUGAAGUUGGUAAAAUGGAACUAUUCAGUGAAAGAUUCAAGCGUAAAACCCGUAAAAUACUACAAGACUCUGAUAAUGAGUUUAUUGUUUUGGGAACAAUUCCAGUCAAAAGAGGGAAAGGAAUUCCUUUUGUGGAAAGCAUUAGGGAAGACAAGCGUGUAAAAAUAUUUGAGGUUACAAAGCAUAACCGUAAUGAUAUUCUUAAUGAUAUUGUGCAAUCUAUAUUGGUUCAAUUUUAGUUGCCUAAUUACACUUUUAUUUCUUAAGUUUGGACCUCAUUCUUCUUAGAAGCUAUUAUUGUACAAGUUGGCAUAUUAUUAUUUCUUGGUGUCAACAGCAAUUCUAAUCUAAUAAAAUUUUAUUGAUUUAUCAGGAAGUGACUUGCUAAACUGAUACAUGAUCCUACUGAGCAGGUAGAAGUAUUGAUAGGGAAAUGAAUCUAAUAUAUUCAAAAUAUUUAAGAAUAUAUUUGAUAUUCCAUAACUAAGAAUAUCAUCUCGGUUUAACAUUUAAUAAUUCUGCCCAGUAAUUUAAUCCCCAAAGUUUCUGGCCACCAAAGCUGAAAGUACACAGUGACUGAAUACUGAUAUGAGAAUCGUAAAAGCUCACAGAUGCAUUAAGAACUGUGUUUAUGUUUAGAAAUAUCAAAUAUUGAUUGAUGCCCAACCUAGAGCAAGUCAAUCAGAGUUGCUGAAUAGGUGGAAUUCAACAAAAUGAUUAUGUGGGGUGGGAGAAGCUUUUAUUAGAGAAAUUUGUUGGACAAGUGGGAACCUCUACAUAUAGUGACAAUAACUAGUUUAUUAAUCAGCAAGAGCAGUUCCAGAUAAAUGGGGCAGAAAGUCCUGAUUUACAUUCAUAAAAUUUGCAAGCCUAGUUUUUGAUCAUUCAUAUUUAUAGUUGUCUUUUGAAUUUGGUUAAGGGCCCAUACUGAUGUGGUAUUCAUUUGUGCACAUUGGGUAUGCGUUCCAGCGAUAAAUAGGUGCCAAGAAGACUUUUAUUCAUACUAAUAUUCAUGACAGCAUAUGAAUUACUACAAGCAGUAGUGAGCCGUUUUAUUUACUGUAAGGUAUAUUUCAAAACGGAAUCUAAUAAAAACUUUCUAAAAAAUGUAAACAUUUCAUCUCUUGAAAACAGAAUAAAAAACAAGGGAACAAUUGAACGACGAAAUAAAUUCCAUUUUAUGAAAAACAAGUUUU